AAAAUAUAAGUUAGGCAUAGAUAGUUCGAGUGGACCCACGUACUGAUCUGAUAACCGAGUGAUAUGGUCAGCAUAAUCCGACCCUAUAUAAACAAAGAAAAGUGCAGACAGGGACAUUGGUUUCUCAGCCGUCUAGAAACAUGAAGGCCUUUACAUUUUUGCUCUUGGUUGCGCUUUCGGCCAGCUGUUUUUUAACUGCUCAGGCUGAUGCCAUUGAAUCGAGCGAACUGAGCUUGGAUUUCGCGGAUGAUGACAUUGACUUCGAAGUGAACGAAUUUUUGGAUGAGCAGGACGAUGACUUUGAGUAUAUGGAUGUGGAGGAACUCGGCGCUUUCCGUAUCUUCCGGAAAAUCCUUUGGCGUGCCUUGAGGACUGUUCUUGGCGCCGAUUGCAUUAUCGGUGAGGUGACGAAUGUCUUGGACGCCAGCAGCAACUACUUGAGCAGGAUCGAAUCCUGCGGCCGCGAUGUCCCCGAGGAUGUGAAGAAGCUUAUCGGCUCCGUGAAGAAGGUUGUCCACCUCUCCGACACCGUUAUCAACCUGCGCGCCAGGCUGUGCAAGCGGGAGCGUUUCAUCCUGACCAGACUGUACCACAAGAUUAGGUGCUUCCUGCGGGUCUUCGGCUCCACCAUUAGGCUGGUCAGGCAGAUUCCCAGGGCCUUGAAGAUUCCCGGAGAUGCCAGCCGCUGCGUUAAGAGUGCCACCGAUGAUAUUAAGAACACUUACACCAACUUCAUGCCCAGCGUGAAGGUCUGCGUUAAGAAAUAA